AUGGGGAGGAAGAAGUUAGACCGAGCUUACAUUUCCGAUGGCAUGAUGAGAGCAACAACGUUCAAGCAUAGGAAGAAAGGAUUGAUCAAGAAACUCGAUGAGCUCAAGGUUCUUUGCGAUGUCGCCGCAUGUGCGGUCAUCCACGAGCCAUUCAACAACUUAAAUCCAGAGGUAUGGCCAUCAAAACCAGAGGCGAUUAACGUAAUAGAGAAGUUUGAGAUGUUGCCAGAGAAGGAGAAGAAAUGUAAAUCGGUGACCCAUGAAGAAUUCCUCAUUCAAGAAAUCAAAAAAGUCAAGAAGAGGACUCUAAAUCUGACUGAGGGAAACAAGGAGAUCUACAUGAAGGAGCUCAUGUUCGGGUGUCUUAGAGGGAACAUGGAAGGUUUGACCAUGCAAAAUAGUGAUCCUAAUGACUUGGUUAAUUUCAUUGAUCAAUAUCUCAAGGAUCUUAAUCAUCAUAAGAACGUAAUCCUAAACAAUCCGCCAUUCGAAAUCGGUGAAUCUUCCUCAAUGGCGACUCCCCGGAACAUGGAACCUGCCCCUACGACCGCGGUCAUGGAACAAAUAGCUACAGCUGAAUCAGGUUCUUUUUCCUCUGUGAGCAUGUUGCACUCCAUAAUCUCUUCAACCUCGGAACCACAACAUGCUAAUUCUCUUGCAAGCAAUUAUCUUAAUGCGUCAACCUUGAACUCUCCGCAAUUCGAAAUCAGCCAAUCUUCCUCAAUAGCGACUGCCUGGACCGCCGUCACGGCACCACCAGCUACAGCUGAAUCAGGUUCCUUUUCCUUUGUGAAAUUGUUGCAGUCCGUAAUGGCUUCAAACCCGCGACCAGAACAUGUUAAUUCUCUUGCAAGCAAUUAUCUGAAUGCUCCAACCUUGAAAUCUCUGCAAGUAACCAGCCAGUUGACGCCAGGAAUCCCUUCAAACCAGAUAGUAGCGCAUGAUAAUUCUGUUGCAAGUAAUCCCCUCCCAAGUAGCGACCAAGAAGUAUAUGUUCCGGCUAAGAAUGAGGAUGAAUUUUACAAUCCAUAUCAAAAUCAAGAUCAGCAAAUCGUUGAAGAAAUGUUGAAGCUCGGUGAGAAAACAGGAUUUCCUUGGAUGGAAGACAACGACCAGUUCUAA